AUGCAUUUUCAUGGAUUUGACAUUAUAGCUGUAUAUGUUGACGAUCUAAAUCUUGUGGGAACUCUUGAAGAGCUCACCACGACUGCUAAUUAUUUAAAGAAAGAAUUUGAAAUGAAAGAUCUUGGUGGAACAAAAUUUUAUCUCGGCCUGCAGAUCAAACAUUUACCAAGUGGAAUUCUUUUCAAUCAGUCAACAUAUACUGAAAAAGUCUUGAGGCGCUUUUAUAUGGAUAAAGCUCACCCCUCGAGUUCUCUAAUGAUUGUCCGAUCACUUGAUGUUAAGAAAGAUCAUUUUCGUCCUCAAGAAGAAGGCGAAGAAAUUCUUGGUCCUGAAGUACCAUAUUUUAGUGCAAUCGGUGCUCUAAUGCACCUUGCAAAUUGUACUAGACCUGAUAUAGCAUUUGCAGUCAACUUACUAGCACGAUAUAGUUCUGAACCAACUUGA